AAUGGGAGGCAGCAAUACUGAAGCGCGGGCUGAGGGAAGGAUCAGUGCGGACUCGGAGUUGUCCGUGAGGGCAGGAGGCGAAGGAGUUCCGCGGGGACGCCAUGGGCCUUUUGGGGGAGCUUUCCCGAGGCUUUAUCCGCGGCGCCGACCGCAUGUCCGCCUGGACGAGCAAACGCGGCCCGCGCACCUUCUACAAGAGCCGCGGGGCCAAGACGCUGGGCUUCCGGGCGCCCGGAGGGAAGUUCAUCCUGGUUCCGGAGCAGGUCCCGCGGCUGGUGGUGCCGGACCUGAGCGGCUUCAAGCUGAGGCCUUACGUCUCGUACCGAGCCCCCGCGGGGAGCGAGCCUCCCCUCACCGCCAGGGCCCUCUUCCAGCAGACGGCCGCCCCGAAGAUCGAGAAGGACCUCCGCGAGGGAGCCUUCGACCCGGAGCGGCUGGAGAAGUACGGCUUCGAGCCCCAGCAGGAAGGGAAGCUCUUCCAGCUCUUCCCCAAGAACUUCGUCCGAUGAGGAAAGAAGAGGGAGGCCGAGGAGGAGAAGGGCAUAAAAAGAGACUGGAGGCACCUGAUGAUAGAAAACGAGAAUC